AUGGCUGAAGUUCACGGUGAUUGCAAACCCACGUUCCACUCUGUUCGCGAGCUUCUUCAGCAGCGGAUCGCCAGUGGAGAUGAAAUUGGCGCGUCUCUUUGUGUCAACAUCGACGGAAAGAACGUCCUCGACUUAUGGGGUGGCCACGCUGACGAGGCCCACACUCGGUCUUGGGAGAAGGAUACUAUCACGAUGAUCUGGUCUUCCUCCAAGAUCGUGACCAAUCUCGCUGCCAAUAUCCUUGCUGAUCGCGGGUUACUCGACGUCAAUGAAAGGGUAGCCACGUACUGGCCAGAGUUCGCAGCCAACGGCAAAGAGAACAUCACAGUUUCUCAUAUCCUGAGCCAUACCUCCGGCGUGUCAAGUUGGCCACUCGGAACAACCAUGGAGGAAAUUUUCGAUGUUGAGGGAGCGACAAAGAAACUUGCAGAGAUGGCCCCCCUGUGGACGCCCGGUGAACUGAGCGGAUACCAUAUGGUUACGCAGGGUCAUCUAGUCGGCGAGAUUGUGCGGCGCGUUACCGGCAAAAGUUUGAAUCAAUUCAUCGUUGAAGAGAUAGCAACUCCUUUGGGUGCAGACUAUCGUCUGGGCUUGCCGAGGGAUCUGUGGUCACGCGCGGCAGAUAUCGUCCCCUUCACUCCGGGUCCACUUCCAGCGAUCGACCCUGAAAGUAUUGCUGCGAAAUCAUAUGCAGGGACGCCCAUCAUUCCCAGUGCGCCCAACCUUCCCGCUCUCAGAGCACAAGAGCUGGGGGCUAUCGGCGGCUUCUCGAAUGCUCGUGCUUUGGCUCGUAUUGGCUCGAUCGUGUCUCUCAAUGGUACCGUUGAUGGAAAACAAUAUCUUUCUCCCGAGACUAUCGAGAAAAUGAUGCAGGAGCAAAUUGCCGGGGUCGAUGCGGUCUUAUUACAAUACUUCCGCUUGGGCCUUGGCGUUGGUCUGCCUGCGCCACAGACUUUGCCCUGGAUCCCCGAUGGUCGUCGCAUCUGCUUCUGGGGUGGCUGGGGUGGAUCUUUCUUCCUCAUGGAUCUGGAUCGCCGGAUGACGAUUGGUUAUGUGAUGAACAAGAUGCAUCAAACUAUCAUGGGCAAUGAGAGAACUACCCACGACUAUGUCAAAGAAAUUUACAAGGUUGUCGAUCAACUUAAAUAG